CCGAAGCCAAACGGGGUCAGCGUCGCGCCUCGGGGCCGGCCCGGCUCAAGGCGGGGCGAAAGCAAAGGCAGGGCUUUUUCCUUUUAACUGAAGUUAUGUGUUUCUUUUAAACAACACACGACGGGACGGGCGGCGGCAAUCGCAGCAACAAGAGCCAGGAUCCCUGCCUGCCUGCGUCUCUCCUGCGAGGGAUGGUGAAGGAUAUGGAGGCGCCCGAGAACCCCAACUUCAGGCGCAUGGCCAUCCGGAGGAAAUCCAACCCCGGUCUGCACAGCGCUGCCGCGGUUUUCUCGGCCGCCCCGACGCCGCCUCCUCGGCCGUCAAGCCUCCGGGAAGCCAGCCCAAGCCCAGGUGGCAGCACAUGUCCAAAGAUCCUAACUCCACUCUGCUCAGCAAACAGCACAGCUAGGCUAUAUGAGCCAGGCAUUGGCUAUGACGUGGCACAGGGGAUAAAUGGAAACUUGCCAGUUAAGCACUCCCCACGGCCAACUUCACAUCCAAAACCACAAGUGCCUCCCAAGCCAUUACAUCUGCAGAACUCACAGUCAUCCAUUGCCCACCAGUCCCCUAGGCAUAAAGCUUUAUAUCCCACGAAGUCAAGAAUGGAGCACGUUACUCCUACCUCUUCUUGUGUGUCAAAAGAAAAAAGUAGUAAAGUGUCUGAUCUCAUCAGUCAUUUUGAAGGAGGCAGCUCAUCCAUUCCUAGUGAGCUGAAGAAAGAACUCUCUGCUCUAAAUGUUUCUAAAUCUCAAGGAAAGCAUGGAUCAGCAUCAUCACCUCAGCCAAAAUUCCUCACCCAGCAUCCUCUCCAGAAGCAGGGAAAUGGUACGGAUCAUUCUCAGGAUGUACAGAACCGCACAGCCAAUGGAGUAGUAGCACAGGGCCAGUUGGACUGCAGGGAUGGCACGUUAUCAAUCCAUGAGGCCAACGGGGCCAUUCCAAAUGACAAUGCUUCGUCUAACAACAGCAUGGUAAAUGGGGAAAGAGAAAGCAACUGCAUGGACUCAUUGCAAAGCACAGCCUCUUGUAAAGCGCAAAUGAUCAAUAGCUGCUGCCGGACCCCAAGUGUGAAUACAUUUCCAUCUGGAAAAGAAAUUGUGGAAAUGAUUACCAGUACAGAUGAUAAGCAGGUUGAGGAGCACAAUAAGCAUGACACAAGUGUGGAGACAAAGGAGACAAACGAACAGAAGUGUUACAAGAUUGCUAAUGAGCUUUUGCACACAGAGAGAGCAUAUGUUAGCAGACUUGCUCUCUUGGAUCAGGUGUUUUAUUGCAAACUGAUGGAAGAAACUAACCGGGGGUCGUUUCCUGCUGAAGUUGUUAACAAAAUCUUCUCCAAUAUCUCAUCCAUACAUCAAUUCCAUAGUCAGUUCUUGCUGCCAGAGCUUGAGAAAAGGAUGCAAGAAUGGGACACAAACCCCAGGAUCAGUGAUAUCCUGCAGAAGUUGGCGCCUUUCCUCAAGAUGUAUGGAGAGUAUGUGAAGAAUUUUGACAACGCAAUGGAACUGGUGAAAACAUGGACUGAGCGAUCACCUCUCUUCAAAUCCAUUAUUCAAGAUAUUCAGAAACAGAAAGUCUGUGGAAAUCUGACCUUGCAGCAUCACAUGCUGGAACCAGUACAACGCAUCCCACGAUACGAGAUGCUUCUGAAGGACUACCUAAGAAAAUUGCCUCAGGACUCUCUAGACUGGAAAGAUGCUGAAAAAUCCCUGGAAAUAAUAUCCACAGCAGCAAGUCACUCAAAUAGUGCCAUCCGGAAAAUGGAAAACUUGAAGAAGUUAUUAGAGGUUUAUGAAAUGUUGGGAGAAGAAGAAGAUAUAGUCAACCCUUCAAAUGAACUCAUAAAAGAAGGACAGAUACUUAAACUUGCUGCUCGAAAUACAUCUGCCCAAGAAAGAUACCUUUUUUUAUUCAACAACAUGUUGUUGUACUGUGUCCCCAGAUUUAGCCUAGUUGGAUCUAAGUUUACAGUUCGGACAAGAGUCGGCGUUGAUGGUAUGAAGAUUGUGGAAACGCACAAUGAGGAAUACCCACACACAUUCCAAGUGUCUGGGAAAGAACGGACUUUGGAAUUACAAGCCAGUUCUGAACAAGACAAAGAGGAAUGGAUAAAGGCUCUCCAGAGUACUAUAGAUGCCUUUCAGCAGAGGAAUGAGACAUUCAGAAAUGCCAUUGCAAAAGAGUAUGAUGACAUGCCUAUUGAAGUCUCUACUGCUGAACUUGGGAAGAGAGCACCAAGAUGGAUUCGAGACAAUGAAGUCACCAUGUGCAUGAAAUGCAAAGAGCCCUUCAAUGCGCUGACAAGGAGGAGGCAUCACUGCCGAGCAUGUGGACAUGUGGUUUGCUGGAAAUGUUCUGACUACAAAGCUCAUCUCGAGUAUGAUAGCAAUAAACUGAACAAGGUUUGUAAAGACUGCUACCACAUUAUAACAGGGUGUACAGACAGUGAAGAAAAGAAAAAGAGAGGAAUCUUGGAGAUUGAAUCCGCAGAAGUGUCAGGAAACAGCGUAAUAUGUAGUUUUCUCCAAUAUUUGGAAAAAUCCAAAACCUGGCAAAAGGCUUGGUGUGUUAUUCCUAAACAUGAAGCCCUUGUAUUAUACAUGUAUGGUGCACCACAGGAUGUGAAAGCUUCGGCUACAAUCCCCUUGUUGGGUUACAUCGUGGAUGACACCCCAAGAAGUGCUGACCUCCCACACAGUUUUAAAUUGACUCAGUCCAAGUCUGUGCACAGCUUUGCAGCGGACAAUGAGGAACUGAAGCAGAAGUGGCUGAAAGUCAUCCAUUUAGCUGUCAAAGGUGAAAUACCAGACUGUCCAAACGAUUUGAGGAUGAAUUUGGAGGAUCAGCAUGAAAGCUCUACAAAACUGGAUUCUGAAACUUGAGACAGCAAAUGGUCUGUAGGAUAUAAAUUCUUUUGCUCCACGCAAAGUUGGUUUGACACUACUUCUGAAGAGAACAAAAAAGCCAGCCUUCUUAACUCUAUACCAUAUUUCUUAGCACUUUAUGUUGGAAAAGAAAGAGAAAACGUUCCUCUUAGUGAAAAAUUUCUUAUAUUUAUGUUGUGUCAAUAAAAUUUAUGUACAGAGCCAUUCCACAUUUUCUUUUUAUUAAAUGAAUGUCUUUAUCAAAAUGUUACCAAUAUUACGGUACUACUUAUAUUUCCAAUAAAAUUACAUCAUUUGAAAUGAAUGCUGUUAGGAAAAGAAACUGUGGCUUUCAUAAUUAUGUCAGUCCUGGUAUAUCUUGGUUGUUUCCUAGUAUCCAUAGCUGUGUGCUUCGAAGUUAGGCCUCCACAUUACCAAAAUAGAAGUGUAGUGGAAUGUAAAGGCAGUUUGGCUUAUUGUAUCUAAAUUUUAGCACUAUUUACACUGUAUAUACAUUCUGUCAGCUAAAAAUAGAACCAUACCCAGAGUGUCUAAAAUGUCAAAUUAGCUAUUUAAAAACCCAUACUUUUCCAUUUUAAAGUACAUUAAAUAAUAAGUACGGUAUAUAAUAUUUGCAGGGUAUAGCAGUAGAAGGGAAAUGUGCUAUAUUUAAUUCUAAUUUUGACUUCAUUAUGUUAGAGUCAUUCUAGCGUAUUGUAAAAUAAAGCAUGCUUUCUCUUUAAAAAUGAGCAGAGGGUUCUAAAUUAAAAGCAACUAGUGACUUGCUUAUCUCUUAUGGUAUCCAUAUUUUUAUACAGUAAUACAGAUCUUUUAAAAGUUGCAGUGAAUAAAUGGCAUGCAAUGGGUAUUAGUAUGUGAAUUCUAGCUGUAUAAUAAUAAUAAUUUCUGUUCCAAGUCCCGUGCCUGUUACCUUUGCGAGCUGGUGCUACCUUUUUAAAAUUACAAGUGCUUCAGUACUUAAUAGCCUGUUCUUAAAUGAUCAUUUCUGAUCAUACGUUUUGCCUUUCUAGUUGGUCGAGAACACCCAGACCUUAAUCUUCUUGCUCAGUUCUGUCCAUUUGCCUUGAGUCUCAUUAUUGAGAGAAAAGUGGGAUAUAAAUUAAUAAUAAUAAUAAUAAUAAUUACUAUUAUUAUUAUUAUUAUUAUUGUUAUCCAAACAUCACUUCAAACCAUGAUUAAGGGAGGUUAGGUAUAUUUCAUAUGACGUCUAAAUGCACAAACCAUGGUCUAAAUGCAUAAACCAUGGUUUGUGAUCUGUCAUUAAAAACAAUAAAACCAUGUUUUGUGCAUAGUCUGACAUGAUCUUUUAAAAUGAUAGAUAAGAUCAUAUACAUUUGAAGCCAUCUCUCUGCUCGCAUUGGGAAAGUAGAAUACUGAGCAGGAAAAAAAGGUGAAAAUCAUGAUUUCCCUGAUUUGUAAUUUGUAAUUGGUUUAAGUCCCAAAUUUGGGUUUGUACAACUCUUGAUUUGUUGUGAUACCUGAACUGAGUCCUUUGUAACCCCCACAAAUCAUACGCAUCUUGCAACAGUGAAUACAGGACCAGGAACUGUAUUGGCUGUUCCAUGUGAUACACAGGCAUUAAAAUGGGUGGCAAAUCUGCCACUUACUUCUAUGAUUGCACCCAGUAUUUGCAUGAGUAAAUAUUACAUACUAUGUCAUAUGUGCGAACACUAAUGUUGAGGUUAUUAUUUCUUGCCAAAACCUGAGUGCUUGGAUCUUACUUGAGUAUUCAAAAGCAUUCUUAGAGAAAUAGGCUGCAAUCCUGUAUUCAUUUGUCUCGGAGCAAGUCUGAUAGCCUUACAUAGGCUUGUUUUGCUAAUAACAUUAUGUAGUAUUGAGCCAAAAUUGAUCAAAUCAUAGUAGGAGCUUUAUUGUAAUCUAAUAUUUAUUCAAUUUGUGGUGAUACAUUUGUGCUAACUUAAACUCAAGGGAACAAUUUUGACAAUUACAAAGGCAAGUAACUGGACAAAGCAAUUGAGGUCUCUUUUGCUGCAUAGCCAUCAUUCAGAAAUGUUAAGGGGAAAAACAUAUUGUCUAUUGGUUGUUCAUUUUAAGAUGUAUUUAAACAGUCUGCACUCAAUAAUGCUCAUUGUAUGCUUUGGGUUUAGUCUUGUUCUCAUUUUUGCUCAGAGCUCUCUUUCCAAAUUAUCACUGAUAUUUUUGAGUAUUUUCCAAAUGCUGGCCAAGAUAUAUUCUGUUCAUAAGCAGUGUGAUAAAGUGGGAAAUAGAAUCUUCAGCUAACAUUCAGAUUCAUUAAUUCAUUAAUGAAUAAGUGCCAGUACUGUCACAUAAAUAUAAGGAUUAGCCUAUAAAAUUAAACCAAGGGCUAGUCUAGAGUCCUUUUCCCACAUUCAGAUGCCUGUGGAAAAACACAGGUGGGACAGCAGCAGCCAUCUGCUUAUGUUCCCCGAACUAUUACUGAAAGUCAUACUUUAAUACUAGAGUUAGUAUACAAAAAUUACUUCUUUUUAAAAGAAACUUUCAGCUUUGUUGAGUGGCUCAGAUCAUAGCAUUGUGAGAAAGACUCAACCUUAUCCAUCUUUACUUGCCUUUUUAGAGCCAAACAACCCCAAAAAUGGUAUUAGGAAACAGCCCAGACCCUUGUUCAUUUUCUGAUCUACAAUACACACCUUCAGAUCUUAAUUAUUAUUUCCAGAGGUGCAAUGCUUAGAACCAUAUGCACCAUAAAGCAGCCUCUCCUAGUCUGGUACUGUCCAGAUGUUUUGGGUGUCAACUUCUACCAGCCUGUUAACAUGAGCAGGUAAUGGGGAAAGAUCAUGCAAGUUGGAGUCCAAAAUGUCUAAAAGGGGAGCAAGUCAAGGUAGGCAGUUGUUGGCAUUCUAGUCUGAUUCCUUUCUUCGUGCAUUAGCUUUUUCUGUUAUUCUAGUCAAAUUCAGCAAUAGUGUAGUGAUGUAAAGCAUCAUUUGUUUAGAUGAGACUGGUCUGCACUAAGUGGAAAUCCUCAAGUUUGUCUGAAUUUGUUUGUUAUUAUUUCCUAUCUGCAUUUUGUGGAAAGAUAAACUGCAGAGGACAAGUAGGCUUGCUAAUUGACUAUUUUCUUUAUUUAUUGAAAUAAUUGAAAUGGAAAGUACAGAGACAUUGUGCCAUCCAAAGCCUUCUGUUCAGAAGAUCUUUCCAGUUGCAUCUCAGGCAAAAGCCCCACUUUCUUGUCCACAUGUAUGUGCCAGAUCAUUUUCCUAAGUGAAUAGUGAAACCCCUGCAUACAAAGGCAGGACUACCUCUGUGCUGAAUAAUCUACCUGAUUUUAAGUUGGCUUCUGCCUUCAGUUUAGUAACCGAAGCAGUUUUGAAUGGGCAUUUUCUUUUCAUUUUCAGGGCUUUCCCCUACCUUCUAAGUGAUUGGCUUUAUAAGUGAUUGAUUUGACGUUACAGAUUUACUUUCUGAAGGCAGGGGUUACUACAUGGCAAAUUUAGCCUUAUGUGGCCUAGCUUAUAACAUGUCUGGUCUGGUUUAUACAAUUUUACCUUCUGAUCAAACCAGUUGAGUAGUUGCUAACAACCAAGAGUGUCUUCUUAUAUAAUGUUUUUUCUACAAGUAAAAACCAUUGGUCAUUCCAUUUAACAAUUACAGUUGAGUGAGGAUGUAAUAUGACGGUUACAUCUGGCAUCCUGUGAGCAGGCCGGCAUACACAUCCCAGUUGAAAUACUUCUUCUGUAGGGAUAUUAAAUAUCUAAAUCUAGCUCAUGGUACCUCUCUGAUGUUGCUUUCAGUGCAAUGUUACCUAUUGACUCUUAACCUCACAACUAACGUUUUAUGUGCAUAGUUUGAAACUAUAUUUUCUUCUCUCUAAUUAAAUUAGCUAUUAUACUUGUUCUUUAAGGAAAUCUGGAGGCUGGAAGUUUUCAGACAUACAAUAUAUAGUCUCACCCUCCCCCCCUUUCUUUGAGAGUCUUAAGAGUUUCUUCUUGUUGUUAGGUGACCUUGCUUGAAAGCAUAUCUCUGCUUAGGCCAUGAGUAGUGAAAGAAAGAGUCUCAUGGAUCUCAGUUUUGUUAUAUAUAUCCAAGAAUGGAAUGGUGUCUAUUUUAUCCCUGUGAGGAUGUCAAGUAGGACCGACGGGUGGAGAUCUGGGGAAGAGGAAGGAGGUCAAGCACAAUGGGUAUUGUCAGAAUCCAUUUUGCCACUCCCAAAUUGCAGGUGUGGAAUGGAGGGAGGGUGGGAUCAAUUUUUUUUAUUUCACUUAUCUUAGCACUUACUAUUUAGGAAAGCACGUCCUGUGAUGUCAAGCAUUAAUAGCACACAUGCGUAGAAUCAUGUUUCAUGGAAAUCAAUGAGGUCCAAGGUUGGAGUCCUUGACUCUUACGUAAAGCACAGCUAAUGAUUACUUGUAAUGAAGACUGGAGUAAAGACGUCAUAGUCUAUUUCAUUACCAUGUACUGACUCUUAAGUCUUUAAAGACAUUUUUUUAAAUUCCCAGAGUACUUGGAGGUUGAGGAAGGGAAAACAGUCCUUUAAAUAGAUUUUUCUUCAUGCUGGUCAACAUAUGAACACAGACACACCUUUUGCUGUCAGCAUUUCCAUGCCUUACCUUAUUCGAAAUAAAACUUUAUAACUUCAUUAAGAGAUACAGGGUUUUAUAUUUAAAACUUGUCUUUUUGUCUGAGGAAGUUAUUCUGCUUUCUUCUGCUUGUAUGUUUGACUGGAUCAGCACUGGAAUUAGCAUACAAUGAAAAUAAUGCAAGAAUUAUUACAUCUGCAGGACAAAUUUCCUUAAUGCUGAGGAGAGGCAGUUUUUCUGAACCAAUGCCUUCUGCCAUUGUCUCUUUGCCCAAUAUUUUAUAUUUAAACAGUGUAAAGCUUGUUUGUGCUUCAAGAUGCAAGAAGUUGAUUAAAGGAAAAACCGUUUUUGUUUUCUAAAGUGACUUUGAAAUCCUGUGGUUGUUUUAAGCCAUGAUGAUUUAAGAACAUUUACAACCUUUCUGAGCUUGUCUUUUCAAAUUGAUCUAAAGGUUUGGAAGGCUUAAUGAAAAUUGAAAUAGAAGGCCUACAUUUGUCAUUUGAUAUGAAGGUGGCCAUUUAGUUUUUGUGAAAUGAAUUUGGAUAUUUGAAUAUUGAGUUUGUAUUGUUUUUGUGAAAUUUCCUCAAGGUCAGUUUUUAAAAAAAUGUUUUGAAGUUUUGAUAUUUCUGGCUUUUCAACUGAAUAUUAAUUGUAAAUAUGUUUAAAUGCUGUGUAUGAAAUACUAAUUCAGUGUCAACCAUGAUCAGCAACUGGGAGCCACUAUGAGAAAUACACAUCCCACAUAAUUGUUGUCAAGCAUGUUGCUUACAUCGACAUAACUGUGGGUAAUAUAUGUUUUAAUCAAGCAUUUUGUUGGUAUGGAUAUAACUACAGAUAAUAGAACUGUAAAUCAACCCAGCUCAGAUAGGGUUGAUCAAGCCCAUUUCAAAAUGCAUUUUCAGAUAGUGGGUGAAGAAAAUUCCUGGUUAGAAUUAACUGCAGUUAAGGAUACUUUCAAAAAAAGUUAAUUGUUUAGCAAAAGAUAGGGGAAAGGAAUGAUAUGGAACAAAUUUUGAAUUGCUGAACAAAACUCAACUUUGAAAAGAGUAAUUAGCAAUUAGCUACUGCUUCUGCACUUGUUAACAAAUAAAGUUUCAAUUACCUGAACCCAAUAACCACUUAAGUCCUAAAACUCACUGUGCCAACGCAUCGCUACCUACAUUCUGGCAUAGAUAUACCAUGCCAGUACAGCACCAUGUUAUUUAUUCUGGUGUUCAGAGCUCAUAAGACAUUACUUGUUAGAAUACAAAUUUUGAAUAACUACGUUGAACCCAAGCACCCGACCUUUGAACAUUCAAAUUGCCAACAUAAUGCAUAAUGCAAUCUUUGCAAGGUGUAUAAAAUGCAAACAUUAAUCUGACUAUUAUCUAUAAAUGUUUUCACAAUCAUUUUAGCAUAUUAGAAAGCAAAAUAGCAUAUGAACGCAUGGUGUUAUUUGCUUCAUGUUCUACUUGUUUCUCCCAAUUAGAUGUAAGUUGGUUUCACAGUUGAGAACAAUGAGAGAAUGGCUAACUUACUUCUUUUAACCCUUUUUAUGCCCUGGGCAGAAUCUACAGCUGACUGUCAGAUUAAAUUGGCAUAAUUCUGCAGAAAAAAGGUAUUCUCUUGCUGAAGUUAAGUAAGUGCAGGACUCUGUGCUUUUUACGGAAGAAAUAGCUUUAUGCCAGGCCAGUUUGGGAGAAAGUCAAUGAAUGAAAUGCACAAGUAUUUGAUUAAGCACAGAGGUAUGGCAAAGUGUAAUACUGUUUUUGUAUGAUUCCAAUGUUGCUGCAUGUAAAUAACUUGGAUGAAGAAAGGGGUCUGUAUAGCACAAUGGCGUUUGAGUAGCUUUUCCCUAAAGCAUAGUUUGAUCCUCAAAAUGUUGCUCUGAUUUUUGUGGCACUCAUUGCAUUGAGUGUUUCCCUAAUCAGUUUUCUAUUUGUGGUGAAAGGAAAUUAAGUGUGGAGUUUUGUUUUUAGGGCUAAAGCAAAGUCGAUCAUGCUAGUGUUAACACUGGUAAAUGUUCCAAAAUAAAUAAUUGUUCUUACCUGUAAAUGGCUUUCUUCCUGUCAAGGAAAAAAAGAUAAUGCUUUGUUCAAUUGUAUAUUCCAAAUGACUACAGAGAAGUGUGUUUGUAAGUAGAUUUGUUUAUAAAAACAGAAGUCCUGGUUUUCACAUUAUUGACAGAUAAAUCACACUGAACUGGAGGGAAGCUAGUUCUGCUGAUUCAAAAGGCAGUUGUGCACAAUGCUGGUUGGCUGCUGCCUUGAACUUCAUGAAGCCACCUCCAUCCUCUGCCCAGAAAUGUCAUGCAAUGUUUUUUUUAAAAAAAUAUUCCAUUGUUGGUUUUUUAAUUUGUUUCAAAAGUUUGCCUGAAGAACAAGUGACAGUGGCACUUUAAACAGAUUUGUUAACAUGCAGAUCCUGUUUAAAGCAUCCGCUAUGCAGGUGUUUAGAUAAUAUUAAAAACAAAGAGAGUGUAGGAAUGACUGAGGGAUUGUGAAGGGAAGGAGAACCUGUGACACUUUUUUUUAUUAAAAAAUUACUAUCCUACAGGUCCUACAUGUGCAACUCCUCUGUGCACUACUGCCCUAUCCAAUGAACUCAGCAGAGAAGUUGUUGUGCAUAGGAACUUUAGAUAUGCAUGUAACACACAAGCACUUUGUGUGUAAAUAACGCUUAUCAUUAUUCUCAGAGAAAGUAUCUCACCUGAUAAAAUAUAAAAUACAAACUCCAUGCACCUGUAGAAAACAAGAUCCUUAUUUAGAACAGAAUUAGGGAGCGUUUGGUCUUCCAGAUGUUUUGAGCUCCCAGAAACCACAGACCGCAUGUCUAAUGCUAAAGAUUUAUGGAAACAGUGAUCAAAAGCAUCUGUAGGGCUUCAAGUUUCCUGCCCAUGCUUUUGAAAAUGUUUUGUUGAUUUUAGGACAUGUUGUGGAUCAGUAGAAAUAUAUUUAAUAUUUGCAUGUAUCUGCUUCUACCCCACAAUAUAUUAAUUAGCAGCAUGCGUUAUGUGUGGUGUACAAAUGCAUGUCACUUAGCUAGAACUUCCUUCUUAGAUCGUACUUCCACAGAGUACUCAUUUUAGCCACGUCUUCAUCUCUGAUUUUUAAAUAUUGAUUGUGCACUUGGUAGUGCCAUCUUUUAACCUUUCCCAUCUAAAGCCUAAAAUCAUUUUAGGCAGAGCCUUAAUCAUACAAAAAUUGAUGCACAUGAGAUAAAUAUAGCUGUCAGGAAAAAAAAAGUGCCCAUUCUGGAAUGCACUAAUCAAAAGCUACUUUUCAUUUUGUGUCCUAAGAUGUGCCCUGCUGCAUGCUUAUUACUAAUUUUCUGAAGUAGUCCUGUGUGGGGUGAAAUGUAGGGUCCUAUUCAACCUCCAGUGGCUGUAGUGCGAUAUGGGUGUCCUUAUUAGUGAAACUGGUGUACUAAUUUCCGGUACCUGAUACUGAUUAGCAAGGGCCCUUGUGUAUAGUCAUUAAAGGAAAACAUACAAGUGCCAAUUUUGCAGCUAGUUUUUGCAGUGCCCUCCUUUUUCUUAGAGAGUAUAGAUUUGGUUUUUCCCCAAUAAAUCUUUGUGGGUUUCAAACUCAGUCAUAGACUGGGAUUUACACUGAUCAUGGCUAAUGAAUCUUAUCCUUUGGGUAUUUUCCUAAAUCUAGAUCCAACCUAUCUGUAACCAGCAUUACCUGCAGUGCCAGACAGUUAUGUUUAGAAGCUGUAAGGUCUUAGAAAUGUAUCUGCAGUUUAUUCUCACAGAAGAACAUGAAGGCAACCCAUGAAAAUGACUUUCCUGCCUUUGUGCAUGUGAGCAAUCUUGGCAAAGCUAAAUAGGAUAAGAGAUAAUCAGUUGUUGACACAGGCAAUGAAUCCAUGGAUUAUUUUUACCUGGUGGAUUAUGUCACCUCAGUUUAAGAGGAAUCACAAAGAAAAGAUUUGUCCCUUCAGUUUCUUUGUUAUUGUUAUUGUGCUUUUUUUUUUUUUGCUAGAGCAAAAAAUAUUCUCAUAAUGAUAGGAUCUCUGACUUAACCUACAUAAUUUUUUGGCAUUUUAGUUUGUAGCAAACAGAAAAAUAUAGAAUUUUUAAAUUUGCAUUAGUGAACAGUAUUUUAUAUUCAGAAGUUAAUUGUAAUCCAUGUGGAAUAAAGUUAGAAGUAUCCACUGUGUAUAUUAUUCAGUAAAGGGAAGCCAGUAAGUGUCACUGUUGUGACUCUUACUCAGUGCAUUCCUGAGUGGACCUGCCUCCCCUCCUUGUUCAAAGUGAAGAUUUUUAUUUUUCCUAUUACAUUGUUGAAGUAGAAUAUUUAUUUUUAUAGAAUCUUUUUUGUUAAGUUAUUUAAUGCCAGUCAUUUUCAGUGUAGAGUUAAUCAUUGCAGAUGUAUAACAUAUUUGUGGUUAAUUACAUCAAAAUAGAUUCCUUCAACAGAAUGAUAAUACUUUUAUUUAAUCUCUUCUUGAGCAAAUGCUUCAUGCUGUUAAGAGUUCUAUAUGUAAAAUAUAUAGAACUUUGCCUGUUUGCCUUCCUAAUCUCAAGAAACUGAGGCAGUGAGAUUAUAAACAGGACACAGGAGUAAAUCACCAAAAAUGCUUCGCUAGACUCUAUUCCAAAGGCACAUUAGCCUUUAUGGUGCCACAGCUGAAAAGAGGCAGGAUGAUAUAUUGUGAAUCAGUGGAAGUGAGAAAAAAACUACUUAAUAAUGUCAGAACAACACACAAUGUGUUACUGUUCCAUUUGAUAAGGGGUGGGUUUCUUGGAACUUCAGAAACAAUAACGUUCUUUUUAAGGGUGUGUUCUCUUGGGGCUUUACCAUAAAUAGAUUGCAAAGUGUUAAAAAGGAAAUAUUGUGAAAGUGGUUAAUUUCGUCCAUUUAUUAUGAUGUAUAUGAAUGUAAAAUACCUGCAGAUACUUGUAUAUAUUUCUGUAACAUAUGUAUAUAUUUGGUCCAUAAAGAUGAGAGCUGGAAUAAUGUAAAAAUAUGCACUUUACUUCUCGUUGAAAACUUUAACAAUUUGUAUCCUGUAAAAUAAAAGCAUCAUUAAAUCAGAAAA